UGCCUGCGCCGCCGCCCGAGCGAGGCCUCGUCGGUGCGCUCGGCGUCGGCGCGGGCGGGCGGGCGGCGCUACUCGGCCGGUCCCUUAGCCUUUCGGCCCGCUGAGCUCAGCGCCCGGCGUUCUCGCCGUGCCUCUGCCGGUCGCCGCGCGAUGUGAGCCGGUGGCGGCGUCUCCUUGCUCUAGACUCGGUGAGCUGUGCGCGGCCAUUAGGGCCGGUGCGGCGGCGCGGAGGGUGGGGGCGCAGGCCCGGGAGGGGGCACCGGGAGGAGGUGAGUGUCUCGUCGCCGCCUCCUUUCCCCCUUUUCGCCCCCGCCUCCUUGUGGCGAUGAUGAGGAGGAGGACAGCGCCGAGGAGGAAGAGGCUGAUGGCGGCGGCGGAGCUCCGAGAGACCUCGGCUGGGCAGGGGCCGGCCGUGGCGGGCCGGGGACAGCGUUUCUAGAGCUGCGAGUCCUCGGGAAUUCGCCGCGGCGGACGCGCUCGGUGGUCGGUGUCGCUGUGUCUUCCUCCGGGCUUGGCUCAGGCCCGGCCCCUCGCACUUGCCCCUACCUUUCCUUCGGGUCCGCAUCCCUCUCCGGCCGCUGCGACCCGGCGAAGAGAAAAAGGAACUUCCCCACCCCCCUCGGGGUCGGCCGAGCCCCCUCCAGCCCACCCUCGGGAGCGGGGCGGGCACCCUGGGCUGCAGAAGAGAUUUUGUGAGAAUUUUCGCUUUCCUCGCCUGUAUCUCCGAAAGAAUUAAAAAUGGCCGAGAAUGUGGUGGAACCGGGGCCGCCUUCAGCCAAGCGGCCUAAACUCUCGUCUCCGGCCCUCUCGGCGUCGGCCAGCGAUGGCACAGAUUUUGGCUCUUUGUUUGACCUGGAGCAUGACUUACCAGAUGAAUUAAUCAACUCUACAGAAUUGGGACUAACCAACGGUGGUGAUAUUAGUCAGCUUCAGACAAAUCUUGGCAUGGCACAAGAUGCAGCCUCUAAACAUAAACAGCUAUCAGAAUUACUACGGUCUGGGAGUUCCCCUAACCUCAAUAUGGGGGUUGGUGGCCCAGGCCAAGUUAUGGCCAGCCAGGCUCAACAGAACAGUCCUGGAUUAGGUUUGAUAAACAGCAUAGUCAAAAGCCCAAUGGCACAGGCAGGCUUGACUUCUCCCAACAUGGGGAUGGGCACUAGUGGACCAAAUCAGGGUCCCACGCAGUCCACAGCAGGUAUGAUGAACAGCCCAGUAAAUCAACCUGCCAUGGGAAUGAGCACAGGGAUGAAUGCUGGCAUGAAUCCUGGAAUGUUGGCCGCAGGCAAUGGACAGGGACUAAUGCCAGGCCAAGUCAUGAACGGUUCAAUUGGAGCAGGCCGAGGACGACCCAAUAUGCAGUAUCCAAACCCUGGCAUGGGAAAUGCUGGCAACUUAUUGACAGAGCCACUACAACAGGGCUCACCCCAGAUGGGAGGACAGACAGGAUUGAGAGGCCCCCAGCCUCUUAAGAUGGGAAUAAUGAACAACCCUAAUCCUUAUGGCCCACCUUAUACUCAGAAUUCUGGACAACAGAUAGGAGCCAGUGGCCUUGGUCUCCAGAUUCAGGCAAAGACUGUUUUACCAAAUAGCUUAUCUCCAUUUCCAAUGGACAAAAAGGCUGUUCCUGGUGGGGGAAUGCCCAACAUGGGCCAACAACCUGCCCCACAGGUCCAGCAGCCAGGCCUGGUUACUCCAGUCUCCCAGGGUAUGGGUUCUGGAGCGCACACAGCUGAUCCGGAGAAGCGUAAGCUCAUCCAGCAGCAGCUUGUUCUUCUUUUGCAUGCUCACAAGUGCCAGCGCCGGGAACAGGCUAAUGGGGAGGUGAGGCAGUGCAAUCUUCCCCACUGCCGCACGAUGAAGAAUGUCCUGAACCACAUGACACACUGCCAGUCAGGCAAGUCCUGCCAAGUGGCACACUGUGCAUCUUCUCGACAAAUCAUUUCACACUGGAAGAACUGUACAAGGCAUGAUUGUCCUGUGUGUCUCCCCCUCAAAAAUGCUGGCGAUAAGAGAAAUCAACAGUCAAUUUUGACCGGAGCACCCGUUGGGCUUGGAAACCCCAGCUCUCUAGGGGUGGGUCAACAGUCUACUCCUAGCCUCAGCACUGUUAGUCAGAUUGAUCCCAGCUCAAUAGAAAGAGCCUAUGCGGCUCUAGGACUGCCCUAUUCAGGAAACCAGAUGCCGCCACAAUCCCAGGUGCAGGCGAAGAACCAGCAGAAUCAGCAGUCUGGGCAGUCGCCCCAAGGCAUCCGGCCCAUGAACAGCAUGAGUGCUAGUCCUAUGGGAGUAAACGGAGGUGUAGGGGUUCAAGCACCAAAUCUUCUUUCUGACUCGAUGUUGCAUUCAGCCAUAAAUUCUCAAAACCCAAUGAUGAGUGAAAAUGCUGGUGUCGCUUCCCUGGGCCCUAUGCCAACAGCAGCUCAGCCAUCCAGUACUGGAAUUAGGAAACAGUGGCAUGAAGAUAUUACUCAGGAUCUUCGAAAUCAUCUUGUUCACAAACUUGUUCAAGCCAUAUUUCCUACUCCGGAUCCUGCUGCUUUAAAAGACCGACGGAUGGAAAACCUGGUUGCCUAUGCUCGCAAAGUGGAAGGGGACAUGUACGAAUCUGCAAAUAAUCGAGCGGAGUACUACCACCUUUUAGCUGAGAAGAUCUAUAAGAUCCAGAAAGAACUAGAAGAAAAACGAAGGACCAGACUACAGAAACAGAAUAUGCUGCCGAAUGCUGGGGGCUUGGUGCCGGUGUCUAUGAAUCCAGGGCCUAACCUGGGACAGCCCCAGCCAGGAAUGGCUUCCAAUGGUCCUCUCCCUGAUCCAGCUAUGAUCCGUGGCAGUGUGCCAAACCAGAUAAUGCCUCGGAUAACUCCACAACCUGGUUUGAAUCAGUUUGCCCCAAUUAGUAUGCCCCAGCCACCCAUUGGCCCCCGGCAAACCUCUCCACUUCAGCACCCUGGGCAGUUGGCUCAACCUGGUGCUCUCAAUCUGCCCAUGAGCUACGUCCCCCGACUGCAGCAGCCGUCCAGCCAGGGCCAGUUCCUGUCCCAGACUCAAUUUACUGCCCAGGGAAUAAGCAUGACGACGAACAUGCCUCUGCCACCAUCCAGCGGCCAAGCUUCCGUGUCUCAAGCACAAAUGUCCAGCUCUUCCUGCCCGGUGAACUCUCCGGUCAUGCCUCCAGGGUCUCAAGGGAGCCACAUUCACUGUCCCCCUCUCCCUCAGCAAGCUCUGCAUCAGAACUCACCCUCUCCUGUACCUAGUCGGACCCCCACCCCACAUCACACUCCCCCAAGCAUCGGGGCUCAGCAGCCGCCACCACCAGCAAUUCCAGCCCCUGUUCCUACACCUCCUGCCAUACCAUCUGGGCCACAGCCCCAGGGUUUGCAUCCACCUUCCAGUCAGACACCUACCCCGCCCACAACACAACUUCCUCCUCAAGUGCAGCCUUCACUUUCUGCGACCCCUUCAGCUGAUCAGGCGCAGCAGCAGCAACAGCCUCGCUCACAGCAGAGUACAGCAGCCUCCAUUCCCACCCCCACAGCACCACUGCUGCCUCCACAGCCAACAACUCCGCUGUCCCAGCCAGCAGUGAGCAUUGAAGGACAAGUAUCAAACCCUCCAUCUACAAGUAGUACAGAAGUGAAUUCCCAAACAAUUCCUGAGAAGCAGCCUUUGCAGGAAGUAAAAAUGGACGGUAAAAUGGAAAUGGACCAACCAGAACCAGCAGAUGCUCAACCAGAGGAUAUUCAGGAGACUAAAGCAGAGGAAUGUAAAAUGGAGCCUACAGAAACAGAAGAGCGAAGCACAGAAUUAAAAACUGAAAUGAAAGAGGAGGAAGACCAGCCAAGUACUUCAGCUACCCAGUCUUCUCCAGCUCCAGGACAGUCAAAGAAAAAAAUUUUUAAACCUGAAGAAUUACGACAGGCCCUGAUGCCAACCCUGGAGGCACUUUACCGGCAGGACCCAGAAUCCCUUCCCUUUCGUCAGCCUGUGGAUCCACAGCUUCUAGGAAUCCCUGAUUAUUUUGAUAUCGUGAAGAGCCCCAUGGAUCUUUCUACCAUUAAGAGGAAGUUAGACACUGGACAGUAUCAAGAACCCUGGCAAUAUGUGGAUGACAUUUGGCUUAUGUUCAACAAUGCCUGGUUAUAUAACCGGAAAACAUCACGGGUGUACAAAUACUGCUCCAAGCUAUCCGAGGUCUUUGAGCAAGAAAUUGAUCCAGUCAUGCAAAGUCUUGGAUAUUGUUGUGGUAGAAAGUUGGAGUUUUCUCCACAGACACUGUGUUGCUAUGGCAAACAAUUAUGCACAAUCCCUCGUGAUGCCACUUACUACAGUUACCAGAACAGGUAUCAUUUCUGUGAGAAGUGUUUCAAUGAAAUCCAAGGGGAGAGCGUUUCUUUGGGGGAUGACCCUUCCCAGCCUCAAACUACAAUAAAUAAAGAACAGUUUUCCAAGAGAAAAAAUGACACACUGGAUCCUGAAUUGUAAGUAGUUUCAAUAGUCAGU